GAAGUAGUAUUUUUAUGUUUGCACAUUCACCCCGGAUAAAUCAGCGUGCUUUAACAUUGUGUAAAAGUGUGCCACAUUAAUAAUUUUGACACAUAAUGCAUUUAAAAUGACUUUCUUGCUUAGUAUUUAUGUCUUGUUUUAAAUGAUUCAAUCAAGAUGCAUUUAUUUUACAAGUAAAACUUUUACGAUAUCAUAUGUUCUUUUAAAUAAUCGUGUUUAGCCUUUGAAAGAUCAUUAAGAGUUUUCUUGAUUUUUUUUCUUAUAGUAAAAAUUGCUUGUUUUAAGCAUGAACUUGAUGUUAUAUAGGCUAUAUAUACUGUAUUUAAAUGAAUCGAAUUCAGAUCAAAUCUCAGUUUUGCCUGUCCGUUCCUUUUUAAUCUUCAAACAAGCUGAAAGUGUUUAGAGUACUUCAAGAUGUAAAAAAAAAAAUGUCCUUUCAACAUUGACUUCAGUCUUGCUGUUUUGAUCUGUCAUACGAUCAUGUGACAUAUGAGAUGUUAUGAUGAUGAAUCAUAUGAUGCAACUUUGGUUUCCAUUUCCAUUCUACCAGCUUUACUGAAAAACUACUGGAGGAACGAGUUUGUUUUGCGGGUUGCUUUUGUUAGAAAAUUGAUCAUUCGAUUAUUAGAGUUCCCAUUUUGCUACAAUCCAAGAGCAUUUAAAGUGCCCCUAUUAUGGAUUUUUUUUUUUUAAUACAUUUUUUUGUAUGAAAAGAUCCUGCGUAUAAAAUGAUUGUCUCUCAAAAACAAAGAGUCGACUCUGAGUCACUGAACCGAGUCAUUUCCCGAGCCGUUUAAUUUUGACGUCGCAGGCGCCUGACAGCAAUCAGCCUACACGAGGGGUGAAAUGACUCGAAGCGUCGUUGUAAUCGCGAAGCGCUCGACCAAUCAGAGCGCGCGUUCGGCUCCAGAACUAACUUCACUCUGAAUGAACGUCGACUGGAAGGCGAGAUGCUCUUCAGCUCGGGUGACCGUCCAGUCUUUCCUUCACCAUGUCUCGCUUUAUAAAAGCUGUCUUUCUUCUGCUGUGCGCGAGCGUGCGCGUCCAGAGCGGGAAGAUGAAGCACAGCCUCAGGAGGACGUCUGGGCAGCAGCACAAACACGGCACUCCGCUUUUCAAGAAGAUGCUGGAUGAAACUAAGACACAUCAGGUGAGAUCUGACCAUCUGCUGCGUGUGGACGAUCAUGACUUCACCAUGAGACCAGCAUUUGCGGGUCCAGCAGUACCAGUCGGUGUGGAUGUACAGGUAGAGAGUUUGGACAGUAUCUCAGAAGUAGAUAUGGACUUCACCAUGACGCUAUACCUGAGACACUACUGGAAGGACGAUCGAUUGUCUUUUCCCAGUAAAACCAAUAAAAGCAUGACUUUCGAUGGCCGACUGGUGAAGAAAAUCUGGGUUCCUGAUGUGUUCUUUGUGCAUUCCAAACGAUCCUUCAUCCACGACACAACCACGGAGAACAUCAUGAUCCGGGUGUAUCCUGAUGGACACGUGCUCUACAGCCUCAGGGUGACUGUAACUUCAGCAUGUAAUAUGGACUUCAGUCGGUUCCCGCUGGACACGCAGACCUGCACGUUAGAGCUGGAGAGCUAUGCUUACACUGAUGAAGACCUGAUGCUCUACUGGAAGAGUGGAGAUGAAUCACUGAGCACAGAUGACAAGAUCUCUCUGUCUCAGUUCCUCAUUCAGAAGUUUCACACCACCUCCAGACUGGCCUUCUACAGCAGCACAGGUUGGUACAAUCGUCUUUACAUCAACUUCACUCUGCGUCGUCAUAUCUUCUUCUUCCUGCUUCAGACGUAUUUUCCCGCCACUCUGAUGGUCAUGCUGUCAUGGGUGUCCUUUUGGAUCGACCGGCGAGCCGUUCCUGCUCGUGUCUCGUUAGGCAUCACAACUGUUCUCACCAUGUCCACCAUCAUCACCGGAGUGAACGCCUCCAUGCCCAGAGUCUCCUACAUCAAAGCUGUGGACAUUUAUCUGUGGGUCAGUUUCGUCUUUGUCUUUUUAUCAGUACUUGAGUAUGCUGCCGUCAACUACCUGACCACAGUGCAUGAUGGGACAGAUCGCAAAUCAAAGGAGAAGCCUUUACCCUGCACAUGUGACAUAUCUCACGCGAGGACUGUGAUUCUGGAUGAAGCAUACAGUAAACCUGACACUAAUGGCCUGGCAGGAUAUACCCAGGAACCUGUGUCCUCUGAGGAGCCUGCAGAUAAACAGGACCACAUGGUGGUCUGCCUGUCUUUGGCAAAUCAGGCCACUGGAGCCAAGAAAAAGACCCUUCGAGGCUUCCGUAUCAUCCAAAACACUCAUGUCAUUGAUGCCUACUCUCGCAUGAUCUUCCCAGGGGCCUUUAUAUUCUUCAAUCUCAUCUAUUGGUCUGUAUACUGCUGAAUUGAGAUUGUGGUUGUAGCAUAUUGAAAUACUGAUGUAUUAACAAAAGUAAAAGAAAAUUGUUAUUUGUUACGGAUUAAGGCGAACAAGAUCCUGAUAUAAUGCAUGUACACCCAGCUAGCAGAUAGGCUUUCUGGGAUAAGAAAGAUGUAAAUGUAAGAAUCCUAUUUGUUAAUUGCAUUUACACUUUUUUUAAUUACUUGGUACUAUUUUCAAACGUAAGUGGUCUUUGUCAUUUGAAAUGACCUGGUGCUGAAUGAAUGUUACUGUACUGUAACAUCAGAAUAGAGAUUACAUGUACAAAAGCCAUAAUAAAACAUAUUUAUAUGAGUAAAUGACGUGGAAAGAACACAUCAAAAGUCAUAUAUAGAGGAAAGUAUUUUAUUUCGCAGUAUCCUUUACAAACACCACAGUGGUUCCGUUGUCAAACAAUACAUUUAAACACUUUAAUCUAAAUAGAGAAUCUGUUUAACUUUAACUUGUCCAUACAUUUUUAUCAAGUUCACCCUGAAUGUCUUCUUUGUUCACGCACCAUAGGACAAACCUUCUGGCAUGAUGGUGCAGUUAUGUCGCGAACAGCUUCUUAUGUUCCGAUCAAAGUUUGCAAAACAAGUUUUGUAUGUUGUUUCUGGGUUGGCAUCAUUUUGAGGUCCUCUGAGGGCUUGGCUUCAUCUCUUCUCAGGUGUUCGUCAUCUCAGGUCUUUGUUGAAGACUGACGUUACCUCACGAUGCCAAUGAACAUAAUUAGCGUAGCUACUGUCUUCUGCUUAUGUUCCUCUGUUAAUCAUCUUUUCAUUGAGGGCCUGGGUCUACCUAUUUGAUCUGCAGUAGGUCUUCCAGUGAUACCUCGCUCCAUGUUUGCCUGUUGCAAAUGCUCACAGAAAUUUGUACAAAUAUGGUAUGCGAUUGUGAUCAUCAGGUAAAAGAAAUGAGUACUUCUGAUAUCUUUUACCAUUGUUCUGUCAUGGAUUAAAGCUCUCACG